AGGAGGUCGGGCAUGUUAGUUUCCGCUUCCGGUCGGUAAAGGGCAAGCACAAUGUAAACACGGGACCAGGGGAGUGGUCAUUAGGUAACUGAGGGUAAGCUGACCGUGGUGGAAGCCCAGGAAGAGGAGGAAAACGAGGCUGGUGGGUCUUGUGGUUAGGGGAGAAAGGACUUUCAGAAGUCGGAGUUGAGACGCGACGGAGGUGCGGCAGAGCCGGGACGCUAAGGGUUCCCACAGUACUUGGUUCCUCACAUUGCUGCUUUAGGAACAGAGUUCAUUUGGAAACUUGAAGGCAGAAUGGCUUCCUUUGGAUGGAAGAGAAGAAUUGGGGAGAAGGUCUCAAAGGUCACUUCACAGCAGUUCGAAGCCGAAGCUGCUGAUGAGAAGGAUGUAGUUGAGAAUGAAGAAGGGAGCUGGCUUCAUGCGGUUAAACGCAGGAAAGAAAGUCUCCUCGAGGGCUGUGUUGAGAAAAGUAAGCAGCUGAAGGAUGAAGGAGCCAGUUUGGUUGAAAAUAAAAGGUAUCGAGAGGCGAUUCAAAAAUGGGACGAAGCACUGCAGUUAACCCCAGAUGAUGCUACCCUGUACGAGAUGAAAUCACAGGUCCUAAUGUCUCUUCAUGAAAUGUUCCCUGCAGUACAUGCAGCUGAAAUGGCGGUGCAGAGAAACCCACAUUCAUGGGAGUCUUGGCAAACUUUGGGACGUGCUCAGCUUGGAUUAGGAGAGAUAGUCCUGGCAAUUCGAAGUUUUCAGGUAGCCCUUCACAUCUAUCCAAUGAACCCUGAAAUAUGGAAAGAAGACCUUUCUUGGGCAAGAACACUCCAGGAGCAGCAGAAGGUAGCACAGAAGAUUAAGAAGUGUGACGCGUCAGCGGAAAUGACACAUUUCUCACCAAAGUCAAUCCCUGACUAUGACUUUGAAAGUGAUGAGAUUGUUGCUGUUUGUGCAGCAAUUGCGGAGAAACAGAAGACAGUUUCAGCAAAUAAGACAAUGGUUAUUGUUUCGGCCUCUGGGACUGUAGAGACGGUCACUGAGAAGGAAGAUGGUGCUACACCACCAGAUGGCUCUGUUUUUAUCAAAGCCCGAUAAAGUAGCAGGAACCCUUUGAAUCUGGCUUUUUGAUUGCUCUUAAAGUUUGAGGCCUAGGGACAUCUACUGUGGAGAGACAGAAUAAAACUCCUGUUUGUAAAAUGAGUUUUGCAGAUGAGGCAUAUAAAAACUAAAUGGUAGAAUUACUGUAUAGUGUUUGGGCUGUGCUUUGAUAAGUUACGAUUUAAACUUCUUAAGAUUAGAAUUGUGAGUACAGUGGGGUUUGAUUAAUAAACUUAAAAAAAUAAUCCAAAAAUGUAAGUGAAUGCAUUUUAAAGACAUAACUUGAAAAGUGAAUUCUCUAAUAGUGAAUAACUUGAUGGCCAGUGUUAUUAAAAUGUUGACUCGUUGGCUUUUGUUUCACGAUAAAGGAAGUUGGUGAUUUCUUUCCCUCCUAAUACUCCUGUUACUAUUCACUCUUCUGUUUUUCUGGUUGCAUUAGAGGAAGUCUCCCAAAGCUCAAAUAUUUUUUGACAUUUAUUUUGAUUCAAAGUUGUCAUUUGGUUAUUUUUGGAAUCUUUGAAAGUUUGGCUGAAAAUGCAUGCAACUGUGUACAUUCUAAACAUUUUCUGGACUUUCUCUUCAUUCUGAUUUGUGCUUAUAUUUUGACUUCAAAAUUAUUACAACAAUGGUAGUUGCCUUCUUCAGUAUUAGAUAUGUGAAAUACUGAUCAAUGUCACAAUGAUGGUUUUAUUGUUUUAGUUGUAAAAGUAGAUCGAGUAUUCCUUACCACAAGUGAGUCAUGUUUAAGAUGUGCAUUUUUGAAAAAUGCUUUUAUCGAUGUGUCAUAUCAAAUUGUAUUGCUGCACUGGCCCAGUCAAAAGUAGUAUUUUCUUCUCCUUAUUUUUAAAAGCUUAAAAACUCUGAAAAAAACUUACCUUUUGCUUUUAACGUUCCAGCCGACGGUUUGGAAUUCUUUUUCUAGAUAACUUUUUUGGAACUACUCAAUUAAAUUACAAUUUUAAAUAGCUAAAUUAUGUCUUUCUAAAAAAGUAGGGAUGUUUAUGAGUGUCAGUGAAUGUAUAUAUCUUGGGCAUGACAUACGUAGGAACUGAAACAUGACCUAACAGUACAAUCCCAGGAGUAGAGAAGAAUAUAUUUAAAGAAAUAUUUCGUUGAAAGGCCACGAUCGCAUUCACAAAUCAAUACUGUCAUUGCUAAUAUGAGUUAUUUUUAUACUACAUAUAUUAUAGUACAAUUAUAUAGAACUACUGGGUCCUGUUACUUCUGACACUCAGGAAGCUAUUUUUGCUGUAAAAUUAAUUUUUUUCUUGUCAGAGAUGAAAGUAAGCUGUUUUAAAGAAUCUUACCUUAACCUGUUGGAGCAUGUAAGUAAUGGUCUACAUUUUUCUGAGAUGAUUUAAAAAAUGUUUCCUUUAGUGGAAUGCUUACCUCUUUUUUUUUUUUUUUUCAGAGUGUUAUAUUUUCCUUCAAAGUUACAUCAGAAGGUUAGCUGUGGUUAGGUUAGUUUUAGAGUAAUUGAAAAACACAAAUAUUAGUUACAUUUUAUUUUGUUUAAUAAAGGAUAUUCUCACAGGGUAGAUACUUGAGUAUAUACAGAAGUGACCAUUCACCAUUUGGUAUGUGGUUUUGAGUAGUGGGUUUUUGUUUAUCGUGUAAUUUGUGAAUAAAUAGUUUUUUCUGCACUUUAAA